CUUGACCUUCUCCCCAAACCCAAACCCUAACCCUAAUCUAUCUCCGGCCCUCCCCAUUCGGCUGCGCCUCUUCGUCUUCACGGCCGCCGCCUCCUUAUUGUCGUCUCCUCCUCUAUCGAGCACCGCAAGCCAUCCUCAACCACUCCGGCCACUCCUCCUCCUCUUCUUUUAAAGUCUUCUUCUUCAAGGAUACACUUUUUGUUUUGAUCUUUCACACAUGGCACUUCGAGGUGUCUGGCAACUUCAGAAGCUGAUAGUUAGCUAUUGUGAUUGGGGAGGAAGUAGCAGGGGAAUUAGCAGGGCGUUUAUGGAGUCUCAACUGCCGGCAUUUAAGGAAAAGAAUCCUCAGCUAGAAGUGGUUACGGAGCUCAUCCGUGGUCAACAUCCUCAUUUGAAGGGCCAGUAUAAGAAUCAUAAUGAACGGGUGAUUUGUGUGAAGAAUUUAGAACCAGAAGAUAUCCUGCUACAUGCAACAAGGCUAAGGAACGCAUUGGGAAGGAAAGUGGUGAAACUGCGGACUAGACACGUCACCAAACAUCCCAGUGUUCAGGGCACGUGGACAACUGCAACCAAAUUCUGAUUGAAGACCAGAGAUCACGUUAGGUAUUACCUGCCUAGAAUUCUCAUAAGCUAGCACACUUAAAAGUGUUUCAUUGAGGUCGAAUCCAAUUUUCCUCAACUUCAACUUAUCACGUAUUUUACAGGGUAAGUUUUGAACUAGAAUUGAUUUCUUCUUGAAGCUUUAUGGCACUAGAGGCAAAGGAAUUGAAAUUGACGGUGAAGUUUAGUGCCACUUGUGGUUGUCUGAACCUGUUUGUAUGAUGCUUUUGGUAUUUUGGCUACAGUAUGAUAACCUUCAAUAAUGAGUUCAGAUAAAAGUGAAAAUCGUAUGGCGUUAUGGAGACCUAAAAUCAAUCAUUUGUUGUACUCCAUUUAGAUAUUUUGAGGGUUAUGAUGUUGGCUAUUCUGCUCCUGUAGUUCUUUCGAUCAAAAGAUUUAAUUGGUAGUUGUCACGUA